GGUCAGCCAACCGCGCCGAACAUACAAAGCCCCAUUGUGACCAGUGCGCCAACAGCCGGUGGAAUGCAUCUGUGGUGAAACUCAAAACUUUUUAGGUGGUUCAAACUUUCGGUGAGGAGUGUUUGUAGGUGUGACAAGUUGUAACAUUGAAACUUUUUUGAGCAAAGUGAAUAAACUGAUCAAGAAGUGAUUUUGAGGGAAGAAUUGUUUAUAAAGUUUUGCUAGUGAUAAUGAAACCGGAAGUGUUUGAACGUGGAGAAGUUCACAUAGUUCCGGUUUACUCUUCAUUUCGUACUUAGGCCUAUUUAUUUAUUGGGAAGAGUGAACACUACAAUAGUCGGGAAAGAAAAAACAGGCUAUUACCCAAAACCUCUUCUAUUUAUUAAGUUUGUCUCAAAAUUAACUUACUUGUAACAUUCGAAUUUAUUUUUUUCAUUCAAGGAUCAAAUUCUAUAGUGUAAGCAAUAAAAGGUGCGGAAAUAUAGGAACUGAACAGAGCUGGGAAAUAUUCCUCAAUCACAACUACUAAUAUUAGUGCUUCAAUGUAAAAAUUGGGUACUUAGUCUUGAAAAUUCACAUUUUCCAUAUACAAUAAGUUAUAAAUAAUUUAAUUGUUAUUAAGGUUUGAAAAUUUAAACACGUAAUACUAUUCUGAAAAUUGUCCUCUGUUCAAAUAAAUGGAUGGACCUCUUGAUCAUGUUCUCUUGAAAAUUCACGUUUUAAAGAUAAAUAUAACAUAAUACUUGAAUGGGGCCUCAAACUACGGUGUCAAUACUGUACUGUACAUUGAUUCAUACUAAACUAUACUAUACAUUAAUUCCUACUAAAAACUCAGUGCUUUGUAGUGAUAGGAUACCACUAAGUUUACAGAAUAAUUGAAUCUUCCCUUGAAGCGUAUUCAUGAAGUAUGAAUUCUUCGUCAUUAUUGAUCAUUGAUGAGGCUAUUCAAAUGUAUUAAGAAAAAAUUGCAGUUUGAAUUUAUAUCCAUUUUCGGAAAAGAGUUAGAAGGAAACCAUGGAAUAUGAAAAGUUCCAAUUAAUUACCCUAGAAAUACUUUAUGUCUGUAAUUAAUUUAGGAUGAACUAUUCACUCUGUAAUUUUUUUUCUUCGUAUUAAUAGCUUGAUAAUCAACUAUCAAUGGGAUAGAAUGGUUAAGACCCACAAUACUAUUUGAUAAAGAAUCAACCUUGAUUCUUUGUAAUCCACUUGAAUUGAGAAUCUAAUAAGAUUUGAUAAUUAUUGAGAAUUUCCUCACAACUUGAUUUGAUAAUAUUUGAGAUAUCUCAACUAUAUAUUUUAAUAAUUGUGAAUUUGAUAAGCUCCAUCAAUAAAAUCAAAUUAACUGAAGAGUCAAUGAAUGAGUUAAAAGAGACUGGAGAAUCUCCCCACACAAGUUUCUCCAUUGUAAUGGAAACGAGUAGCAUUAUUUCAACUUGACCGUCUUGCCUUGAGUGCAACGCGAUUCGUGAUACAAACCGACAAGUGAUCGUGACGUCUGGACACCUCGCAUGCCGCUACCAACUAAGUUGGCGUGAUCUGUAAGUGGCCAUCAUUAGACCGGACCAUGGAUCAUCAUCAUCACCAUCACAGGGGCGGUGGGGGUGUAGUGGUGGGGAUGAAACACCCCUCGGACAUUCCGUCCGAAAAAAACACUUUCAAAAGUUUGGGAGACAAGGUUCGCAAUCAGCUACACCAUUAUCAUCACCAUUACCAUCACAGGUGUGAGGAAAGUGAUAGGGGUGGUCGGUUCCGACAGGUUGUGAGAAAAGCCAGGGAGGACAUCAUUAAAGCCUCCAAGAAAGAUUUGAACAGUAACUACAAAAGUAGUUUGGAUACCGAAGUUCCAGUAGUUAAGAAUCAUAGUUACUACCAUAAGAAUUGUUUCACAAGUAAUAACAAUUACUAUUGUCCAUACAAGAAGGAUUGUAACAAGAGUGGUAACACAAGUUCUUCCGAGGAGCUGUUCGCGGAUUCGUUGAACGAGAAACUGAGGAACCUGAAGGAUGGUUCGAAGAUCGGCGCGAGACAUCACCGCGGGAAAUCGACAAUCGACGAGAGACCCAUGUUCGUGACCACUGUGAAGACGGGCAUCUUCCUGUCACCGCCUCCCGAGUUGGCCGCCAUACUCGGACUGCAGAGUCACACGAACUCAUCGGGAUCGACUGCCUCGGGUGGCGAAGAAGUAUUGCUGUACUCGUUCUCGAGUCAACCGCGAGUGUUGCACAACAAGGCGCAGAGAAGGAAUGCUAGGAGGAAUGUUGGUGACGAGAAGGAACGGUUGAUGAAGGAGCAGAAAAAGCAGAUGGAUCAGAUGCAGCGACGGGCGAAACGGGAUACCAGUCUUGAGAACAGGAGGCAGGACACCAAUCACGUUAGGAAACCUCCUGACCAACAUUCGCAGUCAUACGGCAACAUCAUGCAUGACAAGAGGGUGAUAAGGGGAAGCACAGUCGUGUCACAUCCCAUGUAUUCAAUAACGGACUCGAGAGGGGUAGAAACGGGAGCAGCGCGAUUGGCGGAGGCGAGGAGGAGGAAUAUGGCGCGGAGAAAAGCACAGACAACGGCUUCGAGGGCUCUGAGGCUUCGCAUGAGCACGCCUCCCCCCGUCGAGGGCCGCAAGCACGAGGACAUCCAGACUGACUCUUACCUCGAACAGAUUUUCGACCACCCGAGGGCGGAGACAGUUGCCGUGCAGACUGAGCACUCCCCCGACAGGGCCGACACUCCCCCCUUCGCACCCCUCCCACCGGGCGUCGACGCUUCCACACAAAUUAUGCCUGGAGAACUAUUUGACUUCGACUUGGAAGUGAAACCAGUUCUCGAGGUUCUUGUAGGGAAAACAAUGGAGCAAGCAAUCAUCGAACUUCUAGAAGAGGAAAGAGAAGCCGAACAGAAUGAGCGACAAAGGAGAGUGGAUGAGAUAAAGGAGGCAGAGAGAGCUGAACAAAAGAGACUGGAAGAGGAGGAAGCAGAGACCAAGAAACGAUUAGAGCAGGUUCAAAGUCCCGAUUCUAAAGCCUCUUCAGAAAACGGAGAGACGCAAAAGGAAAGUGCAUCACCAGUUCUUACCAGCCAAUACAUCCAGGAGCUUCUUCCCUCGAUACUGGAUGGACUCAAAGCGUCUGGAUACCUAACCGAAGAAAUAAAAGAAGAUGUGGAAGAUAACUUCAUGGCGUGGUUGAUGUCAGAAGUGACUCAGGAAAUGAAGAGGGUUGUCGAGAAUAGAGACUUGCUAUCUGACAUAGUGAAGGAGAUUCUUGACACGAGAGCGGAGUUGCACAGAGCUAUGGGCCAGAAAGAGACGAAAAAGCGAAAGCCAAAAUCGUUCAAAACGUUAUCAGUAGAAGGAACCGAUAAUGAUGAAACUCUUUCUGAUGCAGCUGAUGAUGAUGCUGAUGAUAAUGAGCAGCCGACAAAAAAUCCACUGCCUGAUUUAUUUAUAUCAUCCUUGCUUUUGAGGAUUCGCGACUACAAAGGUGGUAUCUAGAUAGAGUGCAUGACAGAUUUUGACAUUGAAAGUACUGAAAUCCAGUACUCAAGAACCAAUGCUAUGGAUGGAGUUACUAGAAGUCUAGCGAAUCAGGACACCAGGAUAAGAGAAUCCUGAUAUCCAGAACUCGAGAAUGAUACAUUUCACGUUCAAUAAUAAAAAUGCCAGGAGUUCAGAACUUCUUAAGGAAAUGCUAAGAGAAUCUACCCGUAUUAGAAGAGAUUUCUACAUUUAAGGCAUUUUGAUAUAUAGGGCUAAUAUGCACCAUCUACUUUUAACGCUAAUCUGCGAUUACAUGAAGAUAUGGCCGCAUUUAUUACAAUGUUUCUCAUUCCGGGUUUAAAGAAACAGUAGAUUUAUCUCCGUUUAAACAAAGUUUGUGUAUAUGAGCCAGAGAAACCCAUCUAAAAUUACAAGCUCAUAGCUUGAACUACAAAGUUGAAGUAUCACUAUAUUUCGUGAUAUUUUCAGUUGCAGUAAAGUUAGUAAAUCAGGUCUAUCGUGUAGAGCAAUAUGAAUUGCAGCUAGACAAAUUGAUAGAGUUACUCUAUGACUCUCGCUGAUAAUAAUAAUAACAAGUGAUCUGGCUGGCUCAGGUCUGGUGUCAGAGUUUUCAGGUCACAACUGAUCAAUUUCAGGGCCUCUGACAUGACCUAACGACUGGUUUUUAGGCAACCGGGACCGAAGGUUAACGUGUCCAUCCGUAAAAGCUCUCGCUAAUAUUGUCUAGAUAGAAUUCAAACCUAAAAAUCUGCUCUAACGUGUCUGUUGAAGAUCAAAUUUGAAUUAAUCUUUGUCAUUUUUGAAUGGAUUUUUGAAGCUGAUGACUUUUUCACUUUGUCUCAUUGAAUGCUAAAAUCAUGAAUUGGAUUGAUUUAAGCAUCCAUCAUUAAAAUGAUUCUACACUAUUUUAAAAUAUCCAGUAUAAUAUUUAUCUAUUUAGAAUAAGCGUAGGAAACCUCAAGAUAAGAAUAACUAUUUUUUAACCAUUUUCAAAGCUGUAUCAAUCAAAAACUUCUAAUGAUGUCAAUUUUUAAAGCAAUCACGACUGCUUAGAGACGAUGAUUAUUUAUUUUUAAAUAAUAUUUCCUAUAUUAGAAUGUGGAGUCAGUCAAUUUAGCUUUAAUACAAUUUGUUCCGUCCAUUUCGCCUUUAAUGCCACUAGGCUAAUAGUUAGAUUAUCUUUGUCGUACCGUACAUCUUAAUUGAUAAAAUUGUAUAAUAAAAUGUCAUUGCACUUACAAAUCAA